AUGAAAGCAGCUUUAAUCUUCAUACACGCUGCCACAGUUUCAGCAGGCUCUUUAAAAGAUAUCAAACAUGUCGUUCUGUUCAUGCAGGAAAACAGGGCCUUUGACCAUUAUUUUGGAACCAUGGCUGGUGUUCGCGGUUUCUCCGAUCCGAACGUUCAAGUAAAUGCAGAUGGCAAAAACACCUUUCAGCAAAAAGUUACACCAGAUAUCUCGACCGAGGCAGAAACACUGCUUCCUUAUUACAUAAACUAUCUAGGUGAAAAUUGGACAGAAUCUACACAGUGCACUGGUGCGGGUCAAAAUAGUUUCCAAAACAACCAGGCUUGUCUCAAUAACGACUUGAAUAAUCUAUGGGCGGUCAACAAUACCCCGACAAGUUGGGCCCAUUUUCGGAGACAGGAUCUUCCAGUUCAUUUUUCCAUUGCUGAGGCAUGGACAGUUGCCGACAUGUAUCAGGAAGGUGUAAUUGCUGCAACUGAACCUAAUCGAGUGACAUGGAUGACAGGGAGUGUCAAUUGUCCAGGCGGACCUCAAACUCCAGAUCAGGGAGGGGCAGUUUUGGAUAAUAAUGGAACGCCAGGGUGUGAGGCUCCUGGAUUUGCGUGUUUCCCGUUCAGCUGGAAGACAGUCCCUGAAUUUCACCAAGAUGCUGGAGUGACCUGGCAAGUCUACCAAGAUGUUGACAAUUUUGGAGAUGAUGCCCUGUCCUCUUUUGUCCAAUACCAGAACGCAGGCCCAGACGAUCCUCUUACUAAAUAUGGGAACUCAUAUCCCGGGCUUGACAAAUUCUACUCUGAUGCUGAAGCUGGCAUUCUACCACAGGUCAGUUGGAUUGUAGGACCUGCUGAGCUGAGCGAGCAUGUGCCUUAUCUCCCACGAGAUGGCGCAUGGUUGCAAAAGAAAGUCGUCGAUGCAGUAGUCCACGGCGCGGCGUAUAAUAGUACGGUGGUUAUGAUUUCGUAUGACGAAACCGGAGGUUGGGGCGAUCAUAUCACCCCUUUCCACUCUUCUCCGGGCACGCCAGGAGAAUGGCUCGAUGACAGACAUACACAGGACCAGGCAUAUCUGAAUGCCUCGCUUCAAUCUGCACAACAGCUAACUCAUCCAGGCUUUCGAGUUCCUUUUUACAUUGUAUCCCCUUGGACACGCGGAGGCAAUGUCUUCACCGAAAUGGCCGAUCACAAUUCCCAGAUUAUCUUUGUUGAGCAAUGGCUUGAGGCUCUCGGCUAUAACGGUGCAACCACAGAUCAAAUACCAGUAUGGCGACGCCAACACAUGUCUACUCUCCUGAAUGCUUUUGACUUUGACCAUCCCGACUACUCGAUAGCCAACCUCGUCGAAGCCAUGACUCCCUCGGAAGACGCAGAUGGCAAUUGGGACGCUGCCUCCAUUUGCCAAGGAAAAUACGGCGACCCCCCAACCAAACCCCCCGCACCUUUUGGGCCUGAGAACGAAAAUUCCGACCCCUCGAAAUUAAGCGAGGAAGGCUUCAAGUCAGUCCGUGGAUACUUGACCGAGGGGCGAUAUCUUGUAUUUGAGAUGAAUCGAUAUGCUGUGACUGCUGGACCGAACGCGACCGAUAUCACUGGUACGGAAGCAACUUCCGAUCAUCGAAGUAAAAAUCAACGGUGGGUUAUCCACGCCACGGGAGGUACUGGUACGGAUGGCGGACAGGGAAGUGGGAGUUUCGUGCUGAGCAGUGCGGCUGAUGGGCGGUUUCUUGCGGACCACACUUCUUUGGCUAAGGAUAGGUCUGGCGCAGAAACAUAUACCAUCGCAGAUAUGGGUAAUGGCAAGGGGUAUUCCCUGAUGAAGGAGAAUGGCAAGUAUCUAAGUAUCAACUUAAACGGGACGAUUGAUAUUGUUGGCAGCUGUGCUAAAGGAUUCCAGAUUUUCAGUGUUACUUACCAGUCGUAG